AAGCGGAAAAAAAAUGCUGAAUUAGGUCAUGAAAACCCUAUUUCGAUUGGAUCGAACCGCGAGGAGCGGUGUGUGGAAGAUGCCGCGAUUUCGCUAAUUGAUCUUCUUCUUCUCCACCGAGCAGCUCUCUCUCUCUCUAUAUAUAUUUAUAUAUAUAAUUGUCGUACUAUCCUAUCCAUUCUAUCCAUCAAUUAUUCUGCAAAAAUUAACUCAAUUUCACUUCCAAGUUCGUACCUUUGUCUCCAUUAAUCCCUUACACAACUCCAAUCAUUAUUACCAAUAUCUUCACCGAUUAUUGCCUAACUUCCCUCAUAUUCUUUAUCUGCUUAUUGUAUUCAACUCUCUGUUGAUUUGAUACUUGUCUGAAUUGUUGAUUCGGUCAAAAGGGUCGUCUUAUUAUUGGUGUUGAAUAUAUCGGCUGAUUGAUGGAGCCUCUACUUGGUAAAAAGUUCCGUAUGGGACGCAAGAUCGGAAGUGGGUCGUUUGGAGAGAUCUAUCAUGGUAUCAAUUCUCAGACGAAUGAUGAAGUUGCUAUUAAGCUAGAAAAUGUGAAGUCAAAGCAUCCUCAACUGACAUACGAAUCAAAGUUGUAUAGACUACUGCAAGGAGGAACUGGUAUUCCGAAUUUGAAAUGGUUUGGACUUGAAGGAGAAUAUAAUGUUCUUGUGAUGGAUUUACUUGGACCUAGCCUUGAAGAUUUGUUUAGUUUCUGCAAUAGGAAAUUAUCCUUGAAGACUGUUCUAAUGCUUGCUGAUCAGAUGAUUAAUCGUGUUGAAUUUAUCCACGCAAAAUCAUUUCUCCAUCGAGAUCUUAAGCCAGACAACUUUCUAAUGGGCGUUGGAAGACGUUCAAAUCAGGUGUACAUGAUUGACUUCGGCUUAGCAAAGAGAUAUAGGGACUCCAUAACCCAUGUCCAUAUUCCUUACAGGGAAAAUAAAAAUUUGACUGGAACAGCAAGGUAUGCUAGCAUGAAUACACACCUUGGAAUAGAACAAAGCCGAAGGGAUGAUCUUGAAUCACUUGGAUAUAUCCUUAUGUACUUCUUAAGAGGAAGCCUCCCUUGGCAGGGGCUAAGAGCAGGAACCAAGAAACAAAAGUAUGAGAAGAUCUGUGAAAAGAAAGUUUCCACCUCUGUUGAGGCCUUGUGUCGGGGUUACCCUACCGAAUUUGCAACUUACUUCGGUUAUUGUCGUUCUUUACGAUUUGACGAUCCUCCAGACUAUGCUUAUAUGAAAAGAAUCUUCCGUGACCUUUUUAUUCGUGAAGGGUUCCAGUUUGAUUAUGUAUUUGACUGGACUAUCUUGAAGUAUCAACAACCACAUCUUAGGAAUCUUCCUCGUGGCCUUGAACCUGGACCGAGUUCAGUGAUGCAAAAUGUGGUUGCCAACAUUGAUAGUCAGUUAGGAGGUGGUCAGGAUAUAAAGGUUGCAGGACGGUCUGGGGUAAAUCCAUCACGUGGUAAAAGUUCUGGAUUACCCCUAAAUGGUGGAGGAAUAACAAAACAUCACAAGACUCCUGUUGAUGAUUCUCCCACAACCAAGGACACUAUGUUAUCUGGAUCUGAUAUGCUGAGAUCGCGAGGAUCUUCGAGGCGACCUGCUGUGUCCAGUAGCCGUGAUCCUGGGAUUGAAGGUGACACUGCUCAUUUCCAUGGCAGAUAUGAAAGCACAAGUGAUUUGCAGAGAAUCUCCCGUGUUACUACUGAUAGAAGUUCGCCUGUUUUUGCAUCAACCGAUCAAAGACGCCCUCCUUCAGGUAGAAACAGCAGCUCAAACAUAAAGAACUUUGUGUCUACUCUCAAAGGCAUGGAGAACCUGCAUUUGAACACUGAAAGGAAGUAAGUAGAGAUCUCUUUCUCAUAUGAACAUGAACAUGGGUAACACAAAAUGUAAAUUGCACUUUCAAUUAAAAGGUUUCUUGAAGGUAUAAUGAGAAUUUACAGUAUCAAUGUUUUUGGUUUUACAGCACAAAUUUCACAUUUUGCUUAUAUUAUGUUUCAGUUUUAUUAACCUUUUGA